AUGGGUCGACAAGUGAACUCCCACCGGGUCGGUGAUGCUCUUCUCAGCCUUGGGAAGAGCUACUAUGCUCGACUGGGCGCAAGCAUGCUCGGUGCUCUCUUGGGAUGUCGAUGGCUGAAUGCCAUUCUCUCACGGCGAGCUUCAAACAACAGCGUCAGCGACCAUACCUGGAACUGGGAAAAGGAGAUUGUCCUGUUGACCGGCGGUUCCGGCGGCAUUGGCUCAAUCGUUGCGCGUAAAUUGGGGGAGAGAAAAGUCAAAGUGAUUGUUGUUGAUGUCCAUCCACCGAAAUCAUCGCUGUCUGCCAACCAGUACUAUUAUCAGGUCGACAUCACCUCCUCAGAGGCGAUCCAAAAAUUUGCGUCUCAACUGCGCAAUGACCACGGAGAUCCCACUGUGUUAAUCAACAACGCUGGCGUAGGCAAUGCCAUACCUAUAAUUGAGCUACCGGAGGCCGCUCUGCGAAAGGUAUUCGACGUCAACAUCAUAUCACAUUUCCUUCUCCUCAAGGAGUUCCUACCCUCAAUGAUUCGCGCCAACCACGGUCACAUUGUUACCGUUGCCAGCAUGGCGUCAUUUGCGGCCCAGGCACAGAAUGUCGACUAUGCUGCCACCAAGGCGGGAGCGCUUGCUCUGCACGAAGGUCUGGGGCAAGAGAUCAAACACACCUAUAGAGCCCCAAAGUUGCGCACCACGUAA